CUUUUUUCCGCGACCAAGAGAGUGAAGCCAGUGUGCAAGCUACACGUACAGCAGGGAGCCAAUCUCUAGUCUAGCUUCAUCACCUACAGCACAAUGGCAAAGAGUAUCCGCUCAUCUACCAAGAUGCGCUUUCGAGCAGUCAAGCGCAAAGACAGAAGUAUUGUGGAAGACCAGCGCCUAGCGAGACUGGCAGCGAGGCUAGCCAAGCGCAAUAAUCUAGCUACAGCCACCAAUGGAGCGGGUGAGGGCGAUGCGGCGAUGGAGACAGAUGGUGUGCUGGCAGAUGCGCCUAAGGACACGGCUAUGGAGGUGGACACCAAGAAGGUGAGCACGUCAGGGUCUCGUGGCUCUGCGCGAGAGACAUGGAAGGGAGGCAAGUUCCUGGCCAAGAAACGGUCCAAGAGUGUCCUGAGCGACAGACAGAGACGGCGCAAGUGAGCGAUCUUACCAUUGCUUUGGAGAAAUACCCUUAUAGACACCGUACUGUACUCUCUAGCAUCGUCUCUUCCUUGUUGUCUGUAGGCCUG